AUGCCUCCUCCGGACACAAUGUAUUGUUCUCAGCAAAUCAACAUCCCCCCAGAACUCCCAGAUAUCCUCAAAAACUUCACUAAAGCUGCGAUCCGGACCCAACCCAAGGACCUUCUGGUGUGGUCUGCAGCAUACUUCACUGCUCUGUCUAAUGGCGAGGCGCUGCCUGUGAAGGACAGACUGGAACUGAAUGUAGCCACUCAGAAAACAGACACUGGCCUCACGCCCGGGUUACUGAAGACCCUGCACAGACAGCUGGGAUCCACAGAAACAUGCUCCAUGGAGGAUGUCCUGCAGAAGUGGAAGGGUCUGUGUCUGCCCUUGGAGCAGAUGCAGGUCAUUUUGUCCCUGGGAAACUUCAGCUCAGAUAUUGUCUGGAUGGAUUUCUUUGCCCUCGGCUGCAGUGCGUUAGGCGGGACACUGGUGUCUUCCCUGAAAAUUGCUUGUGAAAUCCUGACUGAGGAUGAGGAAGGAGGCGCUGCCCGGAUCCCCUUCAGUACCUUUGUGCAGGUCUACACUUACCUGGCUCAUUUGGACGGAGACUUAACGCAGAGCCAAAUCGACCACUUCCUCAAAAGUCUCCAAUCUGACGUCGACAGGCAGGAGGGUAUGAUUCAGGUCUCCAACUUCUACCUUGCCAGAAAGUGA